GCGCCCGGAUGCACGUGGCGAGUGACGUAGUCCGAUGGGGGUGGGGCCGUGGCCCGGUGAGGGCGUCUGUCUGUACGGUUUGUUGUGUCCUGUAAAUGAAGAUGGUGGUAGCGAACAGGAACGAUGUGUUGGACCGGCUGCCCUCCGACGAUUGCCUACACAGAAGCCAAAUGAUCAGAUUUCAGAAGUACUUCGACUUUUGAUUGAAGAUUGCCUUCCUCCUCUACACCACUCCCCAUCAAAGCGUAUAUCACCUGCAAAACGCAAACAAUAUUACAUCAAUCAAGCAAUUCGCAACUCUGAUCUCAUUCCCAGGCCAAAAGGAAGAAAAAGUCUGAGGAGACUUGAGAACACUCACUACUUGAUGAACCUUGUCGACAAAGAUGACUGUACCAAAGAUGAAGGAGACCAGACAGAUCCUGCCUCCCCUACAAUUUUCACAGAAGUUUGCAGUAAUGAUGACUAUAUUGAGAUCUGGAAUGAUUUCAUGAACCGUACUGGUGAGGAACAGGAGAAGUUUCUACAUUACCUAGAGGAAGAAGCAAAGAAAAAGAGCAAAGGAAAAGUGCACCUGCAUUCACAGGACAAAAGAGGGGAGCAGUCUGGCUAUGCAGGAAAGGAAUGUUUUCAGCGAAUUGAUCGAAGACUCCGUGUUACUUUAAGACGGCGUCAAAUUCCCAUGGGUACCCUGGAGUUUCUAGAAGAGGAGCUGACUAGAUUCUUUGCCAUAAAACCACAGUCUGUGUACAAAGCAAUGCUGGAAAACAGCUACGAGAGAUUAUUACUUCAUGCCCUUUGUCAGUAUCUAGACCUUGUCUCUCAAAGUUCUGACUGCAAUGGAAAACGGCAGACAGAAGUAAGCAACAAAGGGACAGAUUUUCUGCCUCCUGUGCCUCUGUUAUCUGCCUACCUAGAACAGAAGAGAUGAUCAUGAAAUUAUCCCCAUCAUAUUUCAGUUGGACGUGUCAAUGUUAAGUGACUAAUCAGCUGCCAAAGUAUCUUUGUGUAAAAUCCUCCAUGCUGCUUAGUCACACAUUAGGAACUAAAACCAAUGGUUCCUAUUUUAUGGAUAUAAAGUUAUUGAUUGCUUUAUCUGCUUAAAGCCACAAAUACAUUUUUGAAGGUAAUGUUCAGUUUUGAAGAUUGAUCAAAAAAUAUGAUGUACCACUUUAAUUUUUCUAUAUUUUGCUUUCUGGUAUAUUCAAUAUUGAUGGGGAAAGUAAAUGUCUUCUGCAGACUGGUUUAGGUGACAUUGAAUGCUAUAGCUACUUGUUUAAUUUAUGAACAAUUCUAGUUUGUUUUUUACUCUGCCUGGCUUGUGGGAGCCACCCAAUAUUUGGUGGGGGGUGGGGGGGGGGGGGCACAGAUGGAGGAGCUGAAUAAUUCCAGAGAUGCACCAACUUCAGAUUUUUAUCUAAUUUGCCAAUUCUCUAUCUAAGAGUCUGCAAUGAGUUAGUAUUGGUGUGAUCACACUGCUCACUGAGAAUUCCCAUGAGUCUAUAAACCCUAAACCUACUGGGAUGUAUAGCUAAGGAACCACACAUACAUGAAGAGUAUUUUAUCUCUAAUAUGGUGGGUUGUUGGAAAAUAUUUUAACACAUCAUAAAGAAUGUUUAGUUGUGUAUCUGUAGGUAACAUUAGGUAUUGUGGAAAGUAAUAGAAUCUUCUGCAUGUGAUUUGUAUUAAUUUUAUUUCAAGAAUUAAUAGACAAAUUAAGAGUCAAUAUGGAUUUUGGCCUGUAUAUUAUAAAUAAGGAAGAAAAAUACAGACUUUGAUUUGGACUGAAAUAGGUGAAGUGUUGUUUGGUAUUACUUAUCUGGAGAUUUCCACAUGGUGUGAAUUUAGUCACCAGGAAUUACGAUUUUUAAAUAAGUUAACUUCUGUUUCAUUAAGCAUGCGCUGUUUAGUAAACAAAGUUUGUCAAAGUGAUAUUCAGCACUCAGACCUUGGGUAAUUUUAACAUUUCUACAGAAUUUCAUUAUUUUCUCAGCAUUGUUCUGUUUGCUAAGUAAAAUAUUUCCAGUUGCAGUGUCACACACUUGCCACCUACUUUAGCUGCUGUGACUCAAUGCUCCUCAUCAGCUGGUGUGUAAAUGUUACUUAAUUUCAGUUAAACAGUCGUGAGAAGUCCCAGCUUCAGUUUCCUAAUUAGUAUGGACUUGAUAGUUGGCAGCUGAGACAGCAGACAGCAGUUUAAGAUCAGUAAUUUAACUUGGGAUGGAACAAACAUUCCACAAUCUGUGACAAGAUGACUGGACUAAUUUCUUUUGGUGGUCAAGUUGUCUUUUCUUUCAGUGGUCAAGUUGUCUUUUUUUUCAAGAGGCUAGCUUGUUUGGCAUGCUUAUUAUUUGCAUUAUUUUCUAAAAACACCUGCAGGACUUUUGUCUUUGAAAGAUAUCAAUGCUGACUGACGCCCAAAAAAAGUCUACAUCUGUCCUACAAAAUAUGGUUCUGCAGUUUUACUUUCAGAAUUGUUAUAAUCUGCCAAUCCUUUUUAUAAAACUCAAUUUCCAAUGAGUUACUAAAUGACAGUUUUGCAGUUUUGAUUACGAAUCACUGUCUUUUUCUGCUAAACCACUUCCAUUUUUAGUUGUAAUGCAGAAAUACUUUAAAAAAUUAGUCAUUGUUAUCUGGUCUUCACCUUCUUGCAAAUCCAAUAGACCAAUAUAUUAAUAAAUUCUAGAAGGUAGACUUUUUCAUGGAAAAACUUUAAGUACAUUGGUUGGCUUUGUCUUAAAGGUUUCUGUAUAGUAUGUAGAAAUUGUUAACAAACAAACUUCAACCUGUUACAUAUUUCAUGUUAUCAGGAUGGAAUAGAAGGCAGAAUAAAAGAUUGAUUUAAUUCAAAA